AUGGAGACCACAGAACUUUUCCGGAUGCUUUCGGACAAUCAGUCGGCUCUGGACGUGAACCGAAACUCAGUUCACAGCUUUGACAUUCCAGAGAACAUUGACGCCUUCAGGGUGAGCAUGGCUGUCCUCCACUUGGUGGUGUGCGUGGUGGGAUUGGGAGGAAACCUCUUGGUCGUCGUCGCCAUCCUCAAGCUGGAUAAAAUGGCAUCCGCUACGACGGUGUACAUCUUCAACCUCGCCCUGGCGGACGGACUCUUCAUGGUAGGACUCACGUUCGUGGCUUUCCAGAACUUCCACAACGAAUGGAUCUUCGGCGAUCUGGCCUGCAAGCUGGUCAUGGUGCUGGAUGGCAUCAACCAGUUCACUAGCGUGUUCUGCCUGACGGUGAUGAGCGUGGACCGGUACAUGGCGCUGGUGGACCCGCUUCGCUUUGCGCGCUGGAGGACGCCCAAGCGUGCCAAGAUAAUCUCUGCCUUCCUGUGGCUCUUCUCCUUGAUUCCCGUCCUGCCCAUGGCUCUCCACUUCACCGUGCAGUACGGCCUGUGCAUGGCCGACAUGUUCGUGGAGAAGUGGUGGAUGACGUUCCUCACGUACACGUUCGUGCUGGGCUUCGUCCUGCCCUUCCUGUUGAUGAUUAUCUUCUACACCAGCCUGGUGGUCGCUCUGAGGUCGUCUCGACAGCGUGGCAGGAAUUCCACCUCACCGGAGAGCCAGAGGUUAGAGAAGCAGGUCACCAAGAUGGUGGUGGCGGUGAUCGUCGUCUUCGGGAUUUGCUGGCUGCCGUUCUACAUCUUCAACUUCUGCUCUCUGUACGGGACGAACACCACGCUGGCGUUCGCGCGAGGCUUCGAAAUCGCCGUGCUCCUGUCCUACUCGUGGAGCUGCGCCAACCCCAUCCUGUACGCCUGCCUCUCGGAGACCUUCGGCAGGUACUUCCGCACGCUGCUCUGCCCUCACAAAAACUCUCCCAGCAUGCAUUGUAACAGAGAGACCGAGGGUUACGACCUACCCUAUACUAACGCGCAGGAUGUAAGUGUGCCAACCUAACUUCACAAAUACAAUCAGAAAAUGUGUAUAUAUACUAUAUAUAUACAGUAUAUAUAUAUAUAUAUAUAUAUAUAUAUAUAUAACCUGACUUAUAGAUAACCUGUUUCUGUUGUGCUUAUUUCCUCCUUCACAUUUGUGAGGCCAUAAAAACGGUUUAUUUUUUGAGAUUUGCUUGCAAACAGCGUCGUUACAGACUCAUAGGUUGUCAACAAAGUAGAUUUGCUUUGUCACCUCUGGGGGUGGAAUAUCACGAAGGACGAGGGGAGAUUAGGCAAAUCAUGUGUCCGGUUGCCGUGCCCUGACCCUCCGUACAAGUGGUUUCAACCCGCUGUGGAAAUAAUAAUAUGUCAAUGUUGCCAUGGCUGAUAGCUGGGAACGAGGACUGACUGUUGGACUGUUGUGAUGUUCUACAGGAAUGAAAAAUGUGGGCGCUGAGAAGCCCUGGAUGCAGAAGUUAUCAUACGAUCAUACGAUCUAGACUGGGUAUUUACUAGUGUACACAGUCGUGUACAUAUAUUUUACAUACUUGUGUUUUGUCUGAGUUGCAUUUUACAGUAACUUUUAUUAUUUUUCUACUUUUAUAUGUUGAUGAAUCUGUAAUAUUUCCAUCAUUUAACCUUCAGUUAUAAAUAUUAAACUUUAUAUGAUGA